AUGGACUCAAGCAAACAAGUAAGAAUUUUCGGAGGCGUCAUAACAAUCCUUGCAAUGCUUUAUUAUGCAUAUGAAAUUUAUCUCUAUGCGACCAACUGGUACUCACUUGAGGAUAUUCAGAAAGACACAACCUGCGACGAAAUCUACACCCUAGAAAUUUGACUUCUCUCACAAAACAUCAUUUGGCUUGCAGCUUUGGGACUACUAUUAAUUGUACUUGUAGUCCCAAAUUUCUAUAAGCUUUUGCUUUGCUUUUUGUAUUUGAUGGGGCCAGUUUAUCUAACAUGGACUUUGGUAGCGAUCGGCUAUUACAGUUGGUUUCUUGCAUGCUGCAAAAAAGAGCAAGAUCAAUGCACAGAUUUCUACCCUUAUCAAAACCCAGCUGGCUUUAUAGCGCUGAUCAUAGUUUCCUUGGUAUUUUCUGCGCUGAUCACCCUUUAUCUGCUAUCUAUAAUUAUCCAAGCACUUUGGAGUUAUUUUAGAACAAGAUAUCAGCAAUAUAGCCAUCUUUUCUAA